CACAAUACUGCACAAUACGCCCAUCUCUGCACUACACUACAACCGCCAUCUUAUAUAGUUAUAUCUAAUUUUUCUGGUCUAACCUUUUGAUUAGAGAAAAAAAAGUAAAUACACAAAUUCCGUGAAAUAAAUAAAAAAUUGAUUGUGUGGUUGACUAGUUAGUGGUGUCUUAGAUUAUUAUCGUUUGAUAAUUAUAAAUAAAUAAGGUAUAACAUGAUGGCGCGAUCGGUCAGAGCUGAGACACGGAGUCGUGCGAAAGACGAUAUUAAACGUGUCAUGCAAGUUGUCGACAAAGUUCGACACUGGGAAAAAAAAUGGGUCACUAUUGGUGAAACAACUAUGAAAAUUUACAAAUGGGUGCCUAUAUCAACUUUAGAACAGAAGAAAAAAGGUAAAUCAAUUGGUGACAAUAAAGAAAAUGGUAUUCCAAGAAAGGGUAUUGAUAAUACGAAUUCAAAUUUUGGUCUCACUGAAGAUUCAAAUACAUGUUUUUCAACAGUCAGUGAUUCACAAGGAAUGACUGAUUUUUCAACUCAUUUAAAUUUUUCUGAGGAUUCAAAUUCACAGAACAGUGAACCAACACCAAAAGUACUUAAGACUGACUGA